AUGAAUGAAAUACGUCAGCUGAAUGAUCUCAUACGUCAAAAGGAACAAGAAUGGAAUGAGUUAGUCUACUUGCAAAAAGCGAAAGAAGAAUUAUUAAUAAGAUUAUCAAGAAAGAGGGACGUAAUGUUAAUGCGUAUGAAAGUUGAUGAUGGCCACAAUACGAGUAGUGACCUGAAUGAUCUGACAAUGUUGAACUCCAACUGUUCUAACAAUGCUGUUAGUUUAACAAAUAUUUUAUCAAAAAGUAUGUUUCCAAAUUAUUUUUCCAAUGCAGCGUCUGUUAAUGGGGAGGUCACUAAUAAAAUUGAACCUCAAGUUAAUCAUUUUGCAAAUAAUGUUCAUAAUGGGGUAACAGUUUUACCAGUAAAUUAUAGUGGGAGCAAUUUCCAAGCUAAAAUUCAGCUACCUCCACAAGCCCAUAGCAAUAAUAUUAUUAAAAAUGGUCCAAUGAAUCAUUUUAAUAAUCUUGGCAAUAUCAAUCAUAAUCAAUUUAUGCUCAACCAGCAACUAAACAGUCCUAUCAAUGGUCGACAAGGUCUAGUCAAAGAUGUAAAAUCUAUAAUUGCUGACUACAGACAGCAGCAUCCGGAAGUAGUUCCAAAGAGGGGAAGACGUAUGAAGUCUGUAUUGCAAAGUAACAAUGUUGGAAUUGCUGAUGGACCAAAUGAUGCUAAUAGACUUUCUGAACUUGGCUUAUUACUGGCUAAUAAUGAAAUGGGAUCAAGACCAUCUAGUUCUGAAUCAAAUGAUAACAUGCUUCUGCGCAACCAACAUUUCCAAUUAAACAGUGAUAAUGGUAUUCCAUUAUCUUUAAUGAAUGAUAUUUCGCGAACAAGUGAUAUUUCUCUGCAUCCAAUAAAUGGCAAUCUAGAAGACACUGGGAAGCAGCAAAGUUUGCUUCAUGGUAUAUUAUCUAAGAAGUCUCAACGAACUACAACAAGUACAUCUGACUCAAAUGCUUACACUUCAACUUUGGCACGAUUGCUGACAGCUCCAGAAAGAAAUUCCAGUAAUACAUCAAUAAAUCACCUACCAUCUACAUUGGCAGAACGGCUUGGAGGGAAUAUCAGCAACAGGAAAACCAUGACUGUAACAAAUGAAAGGAGUAAAAGAAGAUGUACAGAUGAAGUUACCAUAACUCCUAUAGAUAAUAGGCCUGCUGUUGAAUCAAACGAGGUAAAAGAAGAGCCAAAAGAUUCAGGAGAGCAUCAUAUAGAAAUAAAUAUCAAUGGUGAAAGUGCUGUGACAGAAGAAAAUGGAGAUGAGGAAGAGGAAACUCCACCACCCUGUCAAGGCUGUAACAAAUCUGAAGCACAUUAUGUUUGUGCAGGCUGUGCUAAUCAAUGGUAUUGUUCGAGAGAAUGUCAGGUGAAUGCUUGGGAAGUUCAUUCAGAGGUUUGCAAGGGGUAAUCGAGCAUGAGUAAUGUGUUGUCUUCACUUGAAGUGUUCAACUUUCAUUUUCGUUAAAUCAACAAAACU